CAUCACACUCACUACCAUUCCAAUCAACUACUCUUCACUUUACUUCACUUCACUUCACAGUCACUCUUUCUGCCCGGUCGCAGCUUCCUUCUAAUCAACGCUCAAACUUCUCCCAUCAGCAACCAACCAACCGACUCAAUCAAAAUGAAGUUCUUCGCUAUCAUCGCCAUUGCUUUCGCUUCCGUUGCCGUUGCCUGCAAGGACGACAACAUCUUCUGCGCUCCUGGCAUGGGUGCUUGCAACGCCCCUGACGCCAACUGCGCUAAGAAGCGCUCUCCCUUCACCGUCGCCCGCGCUAUCCUCCACGCGGACGCUGAGGCCCAGAUCAACGCCGACACCGAGUAAGCGAUCACGCGAACACUAUAGACAACAUUAGAUGGACAGUAUUGCAUUGGAGGAGUUGGAAGUUGGUGGCAUUUUGGGGGUAUUUGAGUAAAUUCGCAUUCAGUCAUUACCGAGAUAGAUUUUAAAUUGAUUGGAUUGAGUAGAA